CUUCACUUUAUCAGAACUGCUUGGGUAUCUUGUUCGAAUGCAGAAAGAGCCUUGAAGAUCGCCUGAAACUCAAAAAGGUACUCGAUGGCGAUGGUAAGGUGUAAGGUCCCUUGUUGAGUGAUGUGAUUGUAUCUAUGCCUCGAAGCUGAGGCAGGUGAGGGUUUACGAUGAGUGAAUAUCAGAAAACAAAACCACUACGUGAAGUUUGUUGUUAUAAAAGCUAUCGAGGGUAUCUUGUUCUCAGCCCUCUUGACGGCCAUGAUGUGCUCCCCUUUCCAUAUCAAACAGGAAGUGAGCUGGGACAAUGAAUUUGUUCAAGUUUGCCGUUGUUGUCAUUGCCGUUUGUAAAACGGGAUUGGCCCAUGUUGACAAACUAUCCUUCAAAUACGGUGCUUCUGACGUUAUUAGCCCUUCUGAGGACUUCCACUCGAAGCCAGACAAUUGCGAUGUGUCUACUUUGGUUGUCGCUGGCGGAGCAGGUAUAUCCUUGGAGUUUGCCAAUUGGGUUGAUCAAAAACAAUUCGGUUAUGACGUGCACGUUGUGGCUAACUUACUCAACUGUGAAGCUAAAGCUGCAAAUUUAUGGACUGACACUAACUUACAGCUCUCUGAUAUCCAACUGUCGAGUUGUUCUGAGGGCUUGGUUCUUGAUAUUCAAACCGUUGAUGAAUCUUUAUACGUGGAUCACCUCGCUAUCGAACUUCUCACCACCAUGGGAUCAAUUGUUCUAUCGGAAGACUGUUCGAACCCAAAUUAUGCUGCAAGUGUUCCAUUGCAAAAUCGUGGGGUGAAGUGUAUCACUGUUCCAACUGUAAAUUCCUUUGGUAAGAAAUGCAGACCUACAAGCCUUACUCCUAAGAAGGCUCCCGAAUACCCUAAUGCAAAGACAACUACCAUUGUGGUCACUGAAUCUACUGCUUCAAAGACAUCAACAAUGCUUAACAAACCAUCUGUUAAACUUUCUCUUUCAGGUUCUACACUUGAAGCAACUAAUCCUCCGAGUGAACCUGAAGUCCUUAAACCAGGUCUUGCGGUUGAGCUUCCUAUUACCAGAACUUUCCAGAAACCAACUCCGGUUCCGUCAACUUUAGUGAAUCAAUCGAUUCUAUGA